AUUUCACUUGGCUCAGCCACUUUUUCUUGCCUGUGUUGUCUGCCUGUGACCAAUCCGUCGCCGACAAUAAUUCCUGAAUCACCCAAGAAAAAACACGACUUUAAUCCUCCAAUCCUCUUCUUCAUUUUUAAUACAAGUAAAACACCAAUUCCUGCGUCAUUCCCAAUUUAUGUGUCCUCACUUUGCGAAACCAUUGUUUUCAAUUCACACGAUACCCGAUUAUUCGACUAUACCCAUUUUACAGAGCGAAACAAGAAAACAUCGCGAAAAUGUCGUGGGCAGGAUUCAAGAAGAACGUCAAUCGCGCGACGACGCAGGUUAUGAUGAAGACGGGCCAUGUCGAAAAGACGAACGACCGCGAUUACGAAGUCGAGGAGAGACGAUUCCGAACUAUGGAGGCUGCUUCGCUACGACUCCAAAAGGAAGCAAGAGGAUAUCUAGAUUCGAUACGAGCCAUGACAGCAUCUCAGAUGCGCAUAGCCGAGACGAUAGAUGCUUUCUACGGCGAUGCGGGUGCUAACGAUGGUGUCAGUCGAAGCUACAAGCAGGCCGUGGAAGAUCUAGAUACCGAGACAAUUAAAGCGCUAGAUGGUCCCUAUAGAACGACAGUAUUGGAACCUAUCACCAAAUUCUGCGCAUACUUCCCUGAUGUCAACGAAUGUAUCAAGAAGCGUGGUCACAAAUUACUAGAUUACGAUGCGCUACGAGCCCGAGUCAAGAAGCUAGCUGAGAAGCCCGACAAGGAUGUAACGAAGCUCCCGCGCACGGAGAAAGAGAUGGAGAUAGCAAAAGCCGCCUAUGAACAACUCAACGAACAACUAUCCUCCGAACUACCCCAACUAAUUGAUCUCCGAGUGCCGUAUCUCGACCCUAGCUUCGAAGCCCUCGUCAAGAUUCAACUCCGAUUCUGCGCCGAAGCUUACAGCAGAAUGGCCCAAGUUCAGCAAUACCUAGACGCGGAUACUAGGGAUCAAUAUGCGCAGGGACAACUGGACUCAAGGGUUGAACAGGUUCUGCAAGAGAUUCGGGAACUUAGCAUUAGCGGGACGGUAUAAAAGGAUUGCGAUUGAGUUUGAGCAUGAAAACGCGGAGUUGAGGCUUCUAUUUCUCUACUAGGCGUGGUACGGUCUGGGUUGGCAUUUUCGUAGGUAGAUACCUACUUUGGAACAAAUCCCUUCGUGAUUCACGGGUCGCGUUAGAUACCGAUAGGGAUUAUGGUCUUUCGAAUAGAAAUUGCGUAUAUUUGAAAGUACUGACUAGCAUUGUAUUCCAUCAAGGCUGCACUGUCCAUACCAAAUGGCCAGACAUAUUUUACCCUAUCCCAUUAUACAUAUCUACCUGUAUGUAUUCUCGCUUAGAUCUGUAAAAUGCAGCUGCUAUAUUACGUAAGAUGGCUGAGAUGUAGACGGGAACCUGGCCAAAUACCCCGCGUAGCCCAAUCAUUCCUUCACACUUCUACG